AAGCACGUACUUCAGCUGUUCAAGUCGGUGCGGCAUGUGACAUUCCGCUAUGGGCUGCUCAGAAGGCCGGCAGAGCGCCAAUGACACCUCGGGAGGAUUCAGGGCGCAGCACUUUGUGACGCAUGCCCUGUUGCCUGCCGAGGGCCUCGUGCGACAGCUGCACACGGUGGAAGAAGGACCUGGAGGACAUGGCGAUGCUGAGGCCCUCUAUUCGGACUUAACGGCUGCUGUGUGCUCAUACGUGCUCACCCACUGCACUGUUCAGGCGGACAUUUGCGACUUGAAGGGCUCGGAGAAGGGCUUGGAGGUCACUUUCAACGGCGUCCUGAUUUUCCCCCCCGACAAUCUGGAAGAGAUGAAAAGCAACGGCCGGCUCUUCAUGCACAGUCACGCUCGCAAGCCGCACAAGCUGUUUCACAAAAGGAAGCAUGAGGCUCCUCAGGCCGCCCAGGGGCCCAUUAGCUCCACGCUCAAAGCAAGAAUUGCGGCAGCUGAAAGAGAUGAGUCCAGGUAUGUCCUGCACGUGAAGAUCUCUUCGGUGAUCAGAAAUGAGAUUUACACUCGACGGACACAGGUGACCAAACAGAACUCCAACGGAUCGAACGGGACCGGGACGGAAGAUCCCCAAACGAGUCGACCGGCGGACUUCCUGGACCCGGCCACCUGGGGCAACCUCUUCAAGGGGCAAAGCAGAAGCAGCGAGACGAUUAAGGAAAAGGAGCGCAAGGAUAGCCUGCAGGUGAAGUGCGACACCAUCGCCGUGAAUCAGCAGAUGCCAGGGACGGGUUGGCGACGGAAGACAUUCGGACAGUUUGAUGGAGGCUUGGAGAUGCCAUGGCUGCUUCCUGGCUCCCGGUGGAUGACGUGCUGGAGGCAAUCCAACACGACCUCAAUGAGAAGAUGCAACUUGUGAAUUGCGACUUGACCAGAUGAGCUGACUCCGUGGCAGAUUGAAGGUCCGAUGUGACCAUCGUGCGGAUGCUUUACAUCAUCAUUUAAUAUCCGCGCCGCAGUGCACGACGUUGCACUUUCAGUUGAGCUAAAUUAAUGCAGCUUCGCGUGGUGCGUCCUCGGGCCAAGACCGUGAGAAAGC